GCUAAAUACCAGUCCCCCCAGUUAGCCAUUAAACAAGCAAUCUUUAAAAAAAUCCAGUGAUAUUUGGAAGGCUUAAGUGCUAUUUCUUUAUUUCUUUCCUUUUUAUCAGUUUCUGUGGUAGUUUUCAAAUGUUUAAUUUUGUGGCUAAUCACAACUGCAUCUCCAAGGUUUUGUUCAUGAGAGAUUGAUAGUUGGAUGGCACGGGCUGCUCCAAUUUUGGGAGAGAUGGACAGGAGGAAAGGGUUUAUGUUGACCUAAGAUUCGGAUAACCGAGUGUUGAUGUGAUGGACACCCUUCACAACGAUCCUUAUUCCAGGAGCAGCUUGCAACCACAAUUUAGGGAGGCUUCCAUGUCCUUUGAGAACAGCACAGUUUUGGAUAAGCAAGAUGUUGUCAACCCUCGAGUUGGCAUGACUUUUGAGACGGUCGAUUUGGCAUACCAGUUCUACCUAGAGUAUGGCUACCGUGCAGGCUUCGGGGUCUCAAAGAGGACAUCCCACAGUGUUGAUGGGGUCAAAUACCGUGCUACAUUUGUUUGUUACAAAGGUGGCAUUGCUAGGAUUAAGCCUGGCCUCAAAGCUCGAAGGAGGCUUGUUGCAAAGACUGGCUGCAAAGCAAUGAUGGUAGUGAAGUAUAGCGCUAGUGAGAACCAUUGGGAAGUGGUGUUUGUUGAACUGGAGCAUAACCACCCAUGCAAUCCUGAGAUGGUCAGAUUCAUGAUGUGCUUUAAAGAUCUUCCUGACUGGCAAAGGGAGCACCGCCCAUUCAAUGCCAAAACUAGAUUGAACCCGAAGAUUCACUCUGGUAGAGGCAGGCCACCUAAUCAAAACAAAGAUUUCAUGGUGAGAUCCUUUUCGCAGUCAAAUUAUUCCAUUGAGGGCGCAGGUAAGGCUGGAAAGUUGAGGUUUGCAGAGGGUGAUGUUGAGGCACUCUUAGUUUUCUUUGAUAAGAUGCAAGCUCAAAACUCCAACUUCUUUUACAACUGGGACAUGGAUGAUGAAGGCCGACUCAAGAACGUUUGCUGGGUUGAUGCUAGAUCCAGAGUUGCGUAUCAACAUUUUUGUGAUGUUGUUUGCUUUGAUACUGUCUAUUUGACAUACCAGUUUGUCAUUCCAUUGGUUGCAUUUCUGGGAAUCAACCAUCAUGGGCAGUUUGUGCUGUUAGGAUGUGGUCUACUUGGAGAUGAGUCUCCAGAGACUUUUUCAUGGUUAUUCAAAAAGUGGCUAAAAUGUAUGAAUGAUAAAGCACCUGAAGCAAUUAUUACGACACAUUCAAGGCCAGUAGUCAAAGCCGUCAGUGAAGUAUUUCCAAAUACUCGGCACAGAUACAAUCUUUGGCAUAUAAUGAAAGAACUUCCUGAAAUGUCCGGAAGAGUUGAGGAUAAGGAGGCAAUUAGUCUGAGGAUGAAAAAGGUAGUCUAUGACACCAUUACAUCAGCUGAUUUUGAGAGGGAGUGGGUUGAAAUGAUCAAUCAGUAUAAUCUUCAUGAUAACCAGUGGCUUACAACCUUGUUUGAAGAGAGAGCAAAAUGGGUACCAGCAUAUGUAAAGGAUACUUUCUGGGCUGGUAUCUCCACUGUUCGUCGUAGUGAACGAUUGGAGGCCUUUUUUGAUGGAUAUAUUACACCAGAAACCACAAUAAAGACAUUCAUUGAACAAUUCGAUACUGCUAUGAAGCUCAGGUCUGAUCGAGAAGCCUACGACGAUUUCCGUUCGUUUCAGCAAAGGCCGCAAGUCCUAUCUGGUCUUCUGUUUGAGGAGCAAUUUUCAAAUGUUUAUACGAUAAAUAUGUUCCAGAAGUUCCAGGAUCAGUUGAAGCAGCUGAUGAAUGUGAAUUGUACUGAAGUCAGUAGGAAUGGUUCAAUAGUGACUUACAAUGUGACUGUAAUUGGAAAGGAGAGGAAGUUUGACUACAGAGUGAUGUACAACAGUGCCGAGAAAGAAGUAUGGUGCAUCUGCAGGUCAAUCCAGUUUAAAGGUAUUUUAUGUAGCCAUGCUCUUGCUGUCUUGAAGCAAGAGCUUGUGAUGCUCAUACCUCCCAAGUAUAUUCUCGAUCGGUGGCGGAAGGAUUAUAAAUGCCCUGAGGAACCUAAGGAAACUCCCAUUUCACCGAAAGUGGCAAAAGCUACAGGGAAGGGCACGAAACCAGAAAAUGUUCGUGAAGAUAAAGUGGACAAUCUCUACAAGAAUGGCCACCAGUACUUCGCCGACAUUGUGGAAAUGGGAGCUACUGAUCCUGAUGCAAUGGAGUAUGUCCUGUCUGUGAUGAAAGAAGCUAAAGAGAAAGUACGCAAGUUUGAGGAAUCUCGAAAAGAUAAAAGGCCUGGAGAAAGUCCAGUUUCUGCUGGUAAAAAAGGCACUAAGUCUUUGAAGCCAUCCACAGAAGAUGUUGGUAAUGCAACAUCAGCUUCGACACCUAUGCCUGCAGCAGUGGCUACAGUCGCGGUGGCUUCAUCUGUACAAAUGGCAGCAGCACCAACAAUGAUGGCUAUGGCUCCUACUUCGGCAGCUGUGCCCCCAGGAAUGAUUUUAGUACCAAUGCACCCGCAUCCCAUGGUUUUCCCACCCUUUGCCCCUGCAGUUCCACCAGCAGUACCACCCAUAGCCCCACCUGCUGCACCAGCAACCAAUGUAGGGGUUGUCUCUUCAAACUCCUCGAAGAAGCGGAAGAAAAGAAAGGGGAAUAAUUGAUCCUCUGAUACUGAUGAAGUCUAACACAAGAUGUGCCUGGUGAAAUUAAAAGAGUUUGAUCUUACAUUAUGCAUCAGGCCUCAAGAUGCACGUGUACUAUUUAUUUACCUUAAACGUCAGCAGGACGAGCUGCCCGCCGGACUGCCUGCGUAGGUUACUGUAAUGCCUUCGGCUUGAACCUGCUGAUAUUUUUUUAAUGGUUGAACCUACUGAUCUUAAUUAGUGCAGAUUUGGAGUGCCCUUAGUGUACAUGCCCUUUGAGUUGGAAGUAACCUGACAUGUAGUGCAAUUUAUGAAUGUAAAAUACCUGUUUCUGAUCCUAUGGAUUUUAUUUUUGGGCAAGGACCUGAUCUUAAGGAUUAUGACUUACGAGCAGGAUGAUAUUAUUCGAGUUUUCACCAAAGUCUGUAGUCACACUGUAUUUAUGGGCAGCUGCCGAUGCUAGUUUCUUCUUUAGGCGGAUGAUAAUUUUCAGAAGGUAAAUGGAUUGUAGAGUUAUUUCCCAUUACUGUACAUAACUUCGGCAUCUGUUGUGAA